CAAAAACAAAAACACAAAAAACAAAAAUCCUCAGCCUUGGCCACCAAAGACGCCUUUUGAACCAUGUGGACUUUUCUUGGCAUUGCCACGUUCACCUAUUUUUACAAGAAAUGCGGGGAUGUCACCCUGGCCAACAAGGAGCUCCUGCUGUGCGUGGUGGUGUUCCUGUCUCUGGGCCUGGUGCUCUCCUACCGCUGUCGCCAUCGAAACGCGGGCCUCCUCGGUCGCCAGCAAAGCGGCUCCCAGUUCGCUGCCUUCUCGGAUAUUCUCUCGGCUUUGCCUCUUAUUGGCUUCUUCUGGGCCAAGUCACCCCCUGAGUCCGAAAAGAAAGAGGAGCUGGAGUCCAAUAAGUGCAGAAAAGAAAUCAAUGUUUCAGAAACAACAUUAACAGGAGCAGCUACUUCAGUAUCGACAUCUUCUCUGAAUGAUCCAGAAGUUAUCAUCGUGGGGUCUGGUGUACUUGGAUCUGCUUUGGCGACGGUUCUUUCCAGAGAUGGAAGAAAGGUGACGGUAAUCGAGAGAGAUUUAAAAGAGCCUGACAGAAUCGUGGGCGAACUCCUGCAGCCUGGUGGCUACCGUGUUCUUAAAGAACUGGGCCUCGGAGAUACAGUAGAGGGUUUUAAUGCCCAUCUUAUACACGGCUACAUAGUGCAUGACUAUGAGAGCAGGUCUGAAGUUCAAAUCCCGUACCCGGUGUCAGAGGACAACCAAGUGCAGAGUGGAGUUGCUUUCCACCAUGGCAAAUUCAUCAUGAGUCUCCGGAAAGCAGCUAUGGCAGAGCCCAAUGUCAAGUUUAUAGAAGGUGUCGUGCUUCAGUUACUAGAGGAGGAUGGCGCUGUGAGAGGAGUGCAGUACAAGGACAGGGAGACCGGGGACACCAAGGAGCUCCGGGCCCCCUUGACGGUUGUUGCAGACGGGCUUUUCUCCAAGUUCAGGAAGAACCUCAUCUCCAACAAAGUUUCUGUUUCCUCUCAUUUUGUUGGCUUCCUUAUGAAGAAUGCACCACAGUUUAAAGCCAAUUUUGCGGAGCUUGUUCUGGUCAAUCCAAGUCCAGUUCUUAUCUACCAGAUUUCAACCAAUGAAACCCGAGUACUUGUUGACAUUCGUGGAGAAAUGCCAAGGAACUUAAGAGAAUACAUGGCUGAACAAAUAUACCCCCAAAUACCUGACCACCUGAAGGAGCCAUUCCUGGAGGCCUCUCAGAACUCUCGUCUGCGGACCAUGCCAGCAAGCUUCCUUCCUCCCUCCCCAAUGAACAAACGAGGUGUUCUUCUUCUGGGAGAUGCAUAUAACCUGAGGCAUCCUCUUACUGGCGGAGGAAUGACAGUUGCUUUAAAAGAUGUAAAAUUAUGGAGAAAACUGUUAAAAGGCAUUCCUGACCUUUAUGAUGAUGAUGCUGUUUUCCAGGCCAAAAAAUCAUUCUAUUGGUCAAGAAAAAGGACCCAUUCCUUUGUUGUGAAUGUGCUGGCUCAGGCUUUGUAUGAAUUGUUUUCUGCCACAGAUGAUUCUUUGCAUCAACUACGAAAAGCUUGCUUUCUUUAUUUUAAACUUGGUGGAGAAUGUGUGACGGGUCCUGUUGGGCUGCUUUCUGUACUGUCUCCUCACCCUCUGGUGUUGAUCCGACACUUCUUUGCCGUUGCCGUCUACGCCACAUACUUCUGCUUUAAAUCAGAGCCGUGGGCCACGAAACCCCGAGCCCUUUUCAGUAGUGGUGCUGUACUGUACAAAGCGUGCUCUAUAAUAUUUCCUCUCAUCUAUUCCGAAAUGAAGUAUCUGAUUCACUGAAGGGGAAACCACUUGGAAGUCAAGUCCAUCGGAACUUGCCGAGGAUGUAUAUAGCAUAGAACUGUACGACUUCUACAGUGGAGACUCAAGGACCAAGCUUGUGUAGAAGCAUGUAAAUAUAUGCCUUAAUUUACAAUUGAAAAUCAAGGGUCAAAUAAGCUAGAUGUUUAAAAGAAUGAUUGUUUCCACAAAUUAGUGCUAACACUGAAGUUUUUCUUUUGAUGUCAGUAUUUGGGGUGAUUCAUUGGGACAUGCAAAUAAAAUGAAAAGUGAACUCUUA